UUUCAGUUUUCAAUUCAAAGUAGUGCCGAGUGCCGAUCAGCAGUCGUGGUUCUAUCAUCUUCUAUAUAUUGCGUAUAUUUCUAAUUUAGUUAUUGAUGUUGUUUGUAGUUGCGCGUGCCAUAAUAAUUUAACAAAUAAGACGGGAUGAGGACUGGUGAUUGAUAAAAUUUUUCAAAAAAUUAAUUACGGUAUCUCUAGGUGCCGGUCUGGUGAGUGGUAGAGCAUCAUAAUGUUUCAGCCAGUGAAAUUCAAUUCUAUAGUGUUGGUUCUGAUAGUUGGGCUGCAACUGGAUGCAAGUGGUGGUGAAGAAGGACCGGCUAGAAAGAGAGCGAGAGCCCCCUCGUCUCCCAGCCUAGAUGAUAAUCCGGCCCAGUCAUUAGAGGAGCGGGACCGCCCCACCUCCAGGCCACCGUCUGGAGGCGGCGCUCCUCUGCCCCCCGGCUUUCUCAGUCCCUCUGUACUCGAAUACCUCGAGCUUGGCAAAUCUAUACCAGGUCGACCAGGCACCGAUUACCCGGUGCUAGCCGAGGUGCCCUACACGGACUUCUACUGCGACGAGCAGCCCUACCCGGGCUUCUUCGCCGACACGGACACGCGUUGCCAGACGUGGCACUACUGCGACCUGGACGGACGACAGGCGUCCUUCCUCUGUCCGAACGGCACACAGUUCAGCCAGGCCGUGUUCGUGUGCGACUGGUGGUUCAACGUGCGAUGCGACCUCAGUCGUCAGCUCUACCCGAUCAAUGGUCGUCUCUACCAUCGGCCCAAGCUCGAUCCGACGCGGCCGCAUCGCGUCAUAGACAAACAGCUUGUAGACAAUAUCUUUCUUUGAGCGGCAACAGAAUCUUUGUGAAUGAUAUAUGAGUGUGAUAACAUUUCUUGUGAAUGGUUUACGAGUAUCAUAACAGUUCUUGUUAAUGGUUUACGAGUAUGAUAACAGUUCUGAAUGGUUUUCGAGUAUGAUAAAAGUUCUUGUGAAUGGUUUACGAGUAUGAUAACAGUUCUUGUGAAUGGUAUAUGAGUAUGAUAACAGUUUUUGUGAAUGGUUUAUAAGUAAGAUAACAGCUCUUGUGAAUGGUUUUACGAGUAUGAUAACAGUUCUUGAGAAUGGUUUAUGAGUAUGAUAACAGUUCUUAUGAAUGAUUUACGAGUAUAAAAGAUCUUGUGAAUGGUUUGAGUGAGUGACAUCGACAAACAGGUCGUAGAUAAUAUCUUCCUUUGAGCGACAACAAUGUCUGUGUGAAUGAAUGGUUCAUGAGUAUGAUACCAGUUUUUGUGAAAACAGCUCAUAGACAAUAUCUUCCUUUGAGCGGAAGUUUUUGUGGAUGGUUUAUGAGUAUGAUAGACAUUUUUGUGAAUGAUUUGAGUGAGUGGUCUAUGAAGCAGUAUGUAAUAUACUGAAUUAUAUUGAAUUUAUGUUGAAAUGUAUAUGAUGACAAUGCAGAAAUCCUUUACAUGUUGUAAUUAAUAUUGUAAACGAUUGAAAAUGCAAAUAAGUGAUUUAAAUAAAUUAAAUGAUAGCAGUCAAAACCUGGAAACGCAGUGAUUGGUUUGUGAAGCAGUAUAAUAACAUUAAAACCGCAAUGAUUGAUCGAGACAAUGAGAAUCUAUGUCAUAAGUGCCCUUUGCUCAGUGCUAGUUUAAACGGACACUCAAUAAUUGAAGCUGGAUUUAAUCCAUGGUUAAUUUGGUUUGUUAUAAUGUGGUUCAUAUUGAAUGUGAGCCACCAUCUGAUUCAAUCCUAAAUGUAGGCAUAUUACAAAUGUAGCUUUACACAAUCCACUAUAUACAAAUUAUUGUCCUAAGUGUCGUUCGAAUAGGAUAAAUUUCAUUCAAAGUCAGAGACAAAGUUAAUUUUGAGAUUAACCACCAGCUCAUUCAAGCUUCACUGGGCAAAUGCAUUUAAAACGUAUUUAUUUUUAAUAGAGUUGACUAUUGAGUCUUGACUUUUAAUGAGAAUUUUAGUGGUUUGUUAAAUACAGUGAAGAUUCAAUAAAUUGAAACAAUGAGAGUCUGUAAUUGAAACUUAUCUAUCUCAAAUAAGAGAGUAUAGAAUUGUAAUUUGAAUUCUAUUACAUAACAUUCUCUCUGUUUUGAAUAUGAUUGACCCUUGUCCUUAAAAAAUGAAAAUAUGUUUGGUUUGUGGGAUAUAGUGGACUCUCGAUCAAUCGAUAUAGGCCUAGUGUAGUGAGAUUACGUUCUUAAAACGUAUAUUUUGAAUCUCCUUCACCUUGUACUAGUUAAUAAAUUAUCGUUAAAAAGAUUUGAGAUACACCCUUAAUGUAUAAGAUACUCUUGAGGAGCUAUACGGUUUUUUUACCUGUAUAAUAAGUUCAACCAUGUAAUAAUUAGUGAUUGUACAAAAACCUAACUGUGUAUGGAAAUUAAAUGCAAUUAAAAAAAUAAUCUCGAGGCAAUAAAUGAAUUAAAUAACUGAUGUGAUUGUAAAUGACAAAUGAUUGUGAGCAGAGUUAUUUAUGUGAUGUUAUCUUUUCAUGAGUUAUUGUAAUUAUUUUGUAUGAUGUAGUGUGUAAACUCUGAGUGCCAGUGAUGAUACCGUAGAAUAAAUGAAAAUGAUAAGAAUUAAUAAAUUUGUAAUCCUAGAUUUACGAGUAUAAUUUAUAAUUCAGGAUAAGCUGAUAUACAUAGUUUUUUAGUUCUCUCUAGAAAGUGAAUUCGACGACGUUUUUUUUGAUGGGGAGUUUCUUAUGGAAAGAUCCCAUCUAACCUGAAUUUAUAUAUAGGCCUAUAUUUUGAUUAAUCCAAACUUUGAAUCUUGAGGAUCGAAAUAUUUCAUUGAUUGAGAUAUAUUAUAUCCAUCCAUCUACCUACUUCUUCCAUGAUAUUUCAGAAGCUAAAGAGUUUCCAAAAUUCCAAUAAUAAUUCUUUAUUGAUUCAUACGAAAAGUACAUCCUCAAAAUGAUAGGGAGAGAAAAAUGAGGUACCUAACCUUGUGCUAUUCAUCUAAACAUUGCCUACAAACAUUCCAGUAUGUACAUAUUAGAAUUGUAAAUUUUUAUACUGUUCAGAGAAUAAGAAUCAUUAUUGAUUUACCUUUAUUGAGAAACAAAAUUAUAAGAAUAAAAUACACUGUAGUAAUAU